AUGGACCGGCGGUGUGCGCGCGCGGUCAGUCGGAGCCCGGCGGCGCGGCUGCUGCCCCUGGCGGUGGCGCUUCUGCUGGCGAUGGCGCCAACUGCCGCAGACCCCGGAGACAAGAGCCAGGCCAAGUGCAAGGAGUACGCGAGGGCGGUCUUCGUGGAGUCGGAGGCGCCGGUGCUUCUGCCGCGCGCCCUGCCCACCAGGGAAAGCGUCUGCGGCAUCGUGGGCGUGCCGCUGAUCGUGGGCGGCAUCAAGACGGGGCCCCGGGAGUUCCCGCACAUGGCGGUGAUAGGCUACGGAGAUGAGGAGGAAAUCGACUGGAUGUGCGGCGGCUCCCUCAUCAGCGAGACGUAUAUCUUGACUGCUGCUCACUGCCUCAGCAGCCAUGAGAAGGGCCCGGCGCGCUGGGUGCGACUGGGGGACGUGAACCUGGAGGGCAGGAACCGGGACGCGAACCCGCAGCAGGUGGCGGUGGCGGAGCGCGUGGCGCACCCGGGCUACAGGCCGCCCGGCCGCUACGACGACGUGGCGCUGCUGCGCCUGCAACGCGCCGUCCACUUCGACGCGUACACGCGGCCCGCCUGCCUGCACGCGCAGCCCGACCUGCCCGCCGCCGUCGGAGUCGCCACCGGCUUCGGCAAGAUCGACUUCGCCAGCAAGACGACGAGUAAAGACCUGCUGAAGGUGCGGCUGCCGUUCAUCUCGCACGCCGACUGCGAGGCCGCCUUUAGCGCGGACAGGGGCAGCCGCAAGCUGAGGGACGGCAUCCGAGAGGACUCCAUGCUGUGCGCCGGAGACAUGAAGGGCGGCAAGGACACCUGCCAGGGCGACUCUGGCGGUCCGCUGCAGGUGCCGCUGCACGAGCCCUACUGCAUGUACGGCCUGGUGGGCGUGACGUCAUUCGGCAAGUUCUGCGGCUUCGAGAACUCGCCGGCGGUCUACUCGCGAGUCUCGCACUACGUGCCCUGGAUAGAGUCCGUCGUCUGGCCCUGAGCGCUACGGCUGCAGCAUUCCAUCGUGACUCCUCUCAAAGUCUCAUACACGCACUGCAGAAGUACCAUCGACUCUUUGU